UAAGAAGCGGCGUCGCCCGUAGCCCGAUGGGCCGGAACGAUCGCGCCGCAGCGAACAAAAGGCGGCGGCGGCGCUGGGUGAGGGCAGCGCGGCCGAGAGGGAGCCUGGACUAGGCAACCAUGUCAGCCAAAGCCAUCUCUGAGCAGACAGGGAAAGAGUUCUUGUACAAGUAUAUCUGUACAUCCUCUGCCAUCCAGAACCGUUUCAAGUAUGCCCGAGUCACUCCAGACACGGACUGGGCACGGCUCACCCAGGACCACCCUUGGCUGCUGAGCGAGCGUUUAGUGGUGAAGCCAGAUCAGCUCAUCAAGAGACGUGGGAAGCUUGGGCUGGUUGGAAUUAACCUCACUCUGGAUCAGGUGAAGGUUUGGCUCAAACAGCGUCUGGGCCAAGAAACCACGAUCGCUAAUGCCAAGGGAAUCCUAAAGAAUUUUCUGAUUGAACCCUUCGUCCCUCACAAACAGGAAGAGGAGUUCUAUGUUUGCAUAUAUGCUGCCCGAGAGGGAGACUACGUCCUCUUCCACCAUGAAGGGGGUGUGGAUGUGGGAGAUGUGGAUGCCAAAGCUCAGAAGUUGCUUGUGGCGGUGGAUGAAAAGCUCAGUGAAUCGGAUGUAAAGAAACAUCUCCUGCAGCAUGCGCCAGCACAUAAAAAGGAUGUCUUGGCAAGCUUCAUCUGUGGCCUGUUCAACCUCUAUGAAGAUCUAUAUUUCACAUACCUCGAGAUCAAUCCAUUAGUAGUGACCAACGAUGGUGUCUACAUCCUUGACUUGGCUGCGAAGAUUGAUGCAACUGCCGACUACAUCUGCAAAAUGAAAUGGGGGGACGUGGAGUUCCCCCCUCCCUUUGGCAGGGAAGCUUACCCAGAGGAAGCCUACAUCGCUGAUCUGGAUGCAAAGAGUGGAGCCAGCUUGAAGCUCACGAUCCUUAACCCCAAAGGCAGGAUCUGGACCAUGGUUGCUGGUGGUGGUGCCUCUGUGGUUUACAGUGACACCAUUUGUGACCUGGGAGGUGUGAAUGAACUGGCCAACUAUGGGGAAUACUCAGGAGCUCCAAGCGAGCAGCAAACCUAUGACUAUGCUAAGACCAUCCUCUCCCUCAUGACAAGAGAGAAGCACCCUGAAGGUAAAAUCCUGAUCAUUGGUGGUAGCAUUGCGAACUUCACCAACGUGGCAGCCACUUUUAAAGGCAUUGUGAGAGCCAUUAAGGAUUACCAAGGCCCGCUGAAGGAGCAUGAGGUGAGAAUCUUUGUGCGAAGAGGAGGCCCGAACUACCAGGAAGGACUGCGUGUCAUGGGAGAAGUUGGGAAGACCACUGGGAUCCCCAUCCAUGUCUUUGGCACGGAGACUCACAUGACUGCGAUUGUGGGCAUGGCACUUGGCCAUCGGCCCAUCCCCAACCAGCCGCCUGCCGCAGCACACACCGCUAACUUCCUCCUCAAUGCCAGCGGCAGCCCUUCGACUCCCGCUCCAAGCAGGACAGCUUCCUUCUCAGAGUCCAGACCAGAUGAUAUUGCUCCAGCCAAGAAGGCAAAGCCAACAGCACCACUUGAUUCAAUCCCAGCCUCAAGACCUGGUUCAGGUAAAGCCACGACCCUGUUCAGCCGUCACACCAAAGCUAUCAUUUGGGGGAUGCAGACACGGGCCGUGCAGGGAAUGCUGGACUUUGAUUACAUUUGCUCCCGGGACGAGCCUUCAGUAGCUGCCAUGGUUUAUCCAUUCACUGGUGACCACAGGCAGAAGUUCUAUUGGGGCCACAAAGAAAUCCUGAUCCCCGUCUACAAGAACAUGUCAGAUGCCAUGAAGAAGCACCCAGAGGUGGAUGUUCUCAUCAACUUCGCAUCUCUGCGUUCUGCUUAUGACAGCACUGUUGAAACCAUGAACUAUCCACAGAUCCGCACCAUUGCCAUUAUUGCUGAGGGCAUUCCAGAAGCCCUGACACGCAAACUGAUCAAGACAGCUGAUAAAAAAGGAGUCACCAUUAUUGGGCCUGCAACUGUUGGUGGGAUCAAACCGGGUUGCUUUAAGAUAGGCAACACAGGAGGAAUGCUGGAUAACAUCUUGGCAUCCAAACUGUACCGACCUGGCAGUGUGGCUUAUGUUUCCCGGUCUGGAGGGAUGUCCAAUGAGCUCAACAACAUCAUUUCCCGAACCACUGAUGGGGUCUACGAAGGGGUGGCCAUUGGAGGAGACAGAUAUCCUGGUUCAACUUUUAUGGAUCACGUCUUGCGUUACGAGGAUACUCCAGGAGUGAAAAUGAUUGUGGUACUUGGAGAGAUUGGAGGCACAGAAGAGUACAAGAUCUGCAGAGGCAUUAAAGAAGGUCGCAUCACCAAGCCAGUGGUUUGCUGGUGUAUUGGUACUUGUGCCACCAUGUUCUCUUCAGAGGUGCAGUUUGGCCAUGCAGGGGCUUGUGCCAACCAGACUUCUGAAACCGCUGUUGCGAAGAAUCAAGCCUUAAGAGAAGCUGGUGUGUUUGUUCCCCGGAGUUUUGAUGAGCUGGGAGAGGUCAUUCAGUCUGUGUACCAGGAUCUUGUGGCCAAAAGAGUGAUUGAGCCAGCUGAGGAAGUGCCUCCUCCAACUGUACCCAUGGAUUACUCCUGGGCGAGGGAGCUGGGUCUGAUCCGCAAACCAGCUUCCUUUAUGACAAGCAUCUGUGACGAGAGAGGUCAGGAACUCAUUUACGCUGGGAUGCCGAUCACCGAGGUCUUCAAAGAAGAGAUGGGAAUUGGAGGGGUCCUGGGUCUGCUCUGGUUUCAAAGGAGGUUACCAAAGUAUGCCUGCCAGUUCAUCGAGAUGUGUUUGAUGGUCACAGCAGAUCAUGGGCCUGCUGUAUCUGGAGCCCAUAACACCAUUGUCUGUGCAAGAGCUGGAAAAGAUCUUGUCUCGAGUCUUACUUCAGGCCUUCUUACUAUUGGAGACCGGUUUGGUGGAGCACUGGAUGCUGCAGCUAAGAUGUUCAGUAAAGCCUUUGACAGCGGAAUUAUCCCUAUGGAGUUUGUGAAUAAGAUGAAGAAAGAAGGAAAACUGAUCAUGGGCAUUGGACACAGAGUCAAAUCGUUAAAUAACCCAGACAUGAGAGUUCAGAUUCUCAAAGACUACGUGAAGCAGCAUUUCCCUGCCACACCGCUGCUGGACUACGCACUUGAAGUAGAAAAAAUUACAACUUCCAAGAAACCAAACCUUAUCCUGAAUGUAGAUGGCUUUAUUGGAGUUGCCUUUGUUGAUGUUCUCAGGAAUUGUGGCUCUUUCACACGGGAAGAAGCAGAUGAAUAUAUUGAUAUAGGAGCUCUUAACGGCAUCUUUGUACUAGGCAGGAGUAUGGGAUUCAUCGGACACUACCUGGAUCAGAAGAGACUGAAGCAAGGUCUGUACCGUCACCCGUGGGAUGACAUUUCCUAUGUCUUACCGGAGCACAUGACUAUGUGAGAACCAGUAGUAUUGUCUCAGUGUCCUUUGGGAGGACAAAAGCCCGCACAGAGGACAGCCGCAAAUGGGACUGUGAUGUAUAAAGGCCAUUGGUACACAGACACGGAGCUGCUGGCUCAGACUGUGCAAAGCAACUGUUCUGCCAGAAUAGAAACUUACUCUAAUAAAAACCAAAACUUGUGCUAUUCCAUAUGUUACCUGCUCUAUUUAAUACUGUUUCUCACCCUUUCAUUGUUUCUACUGUUUAAUUUCGUUUCCAGAAAAGAGUUUGAGGGUCUUGGGGGGAAGUUUUCCUUGUAGGUGCAGUCUUACUGAACUGGUGGAAGCUUUGUUAGUCUGGUACCAAGCUGUAAUUUUCCCGAUAGAAGGGGAAGUGCCCCUCAUUCCCAGAGGCCAUGACCUGGGAUUUUUUUGUUGUUGGUUGUUUUUUCACUUUUACUGCGUUCUCAUCUUCUGUCUGAUUGUAUCCUGAGCAGUGGGACCACUGCUGAUGUAUAACCAAUGUUACUCAAACUCUGGUGUAGUAAUUUAAAGUGUUAAGUUGUAAGAUACUGCUGUUAAAAACUGUGAAACUACGUGUAUUCCCGUGUCUGUAUUUAUGCAAACAACUUUCCACAUACUGGUAAUCUAACGGUAAAGGAGAAAUCACUCAUGUUAUACACAGCUGUGAAAAUAAUCUCAGUAAUAACUUGAGUGUUCUACCUGUCUGUCUGUUGUAACCAAACCCAAAUAAAUGAUACACUACUAUUUUACUCUUCCA